UCAGCAGAUACCGUUGCUGUGAGGUGGGAAAGGCCAACAGUCUGUGCGAGAGAACCAUGUCUGUUCGGGAGUCGUUUAACCCAGAAAGUUAUGAACUGGACAAAAGCUUCCGUCUGACCCGAUUCACUGAACUGAAAGGCACAGGCUGCAAAGUGCCUCAGGAUGUCUUACAGAAACUGCUCGAAUCGCUACAGGAAAACCAUUUUCAGGAAGACGAACAGUUCCUGGGGGCAGUUAUGCCCAGGUUGGGAAUUGGGAUGGACACUUGUGUUAUUCCGUUAAGACACGGAGGUUUGUCGUUGGUCCAGACAACAGAUUAUAUUUAUCCUAUUGUGGAUGAUCCUUAUAUGAUGGGGCGGAUAGCGUGUGCCAAUGUCCUAAGUGACCUUUAUGCCAUGGGGGUCACAGAAUGCGACAACAUGUUGAUGCUCCUUGGAAUCAGCAAUAAAAUGACAGAUAGGGAAAGAGACAAAGUGAUGCCUCUAAUUAUCCAGGGUUUCAAAGAUGCAGCAGAAGAGGCAGGAACAUCUGUUACUGGUGGCCAAACAGUGUUAAAUCCCUGGAUUGUUUUAGGAGGAGUGGCCACGACAGUCUGUCAGCCUAAUGAAUUUAUAAUGCCAGACAAUGCAGUGCCAGGAGAUGUGCUUGUAUUAACUAAACCCUUGGGAACACAAGUGGCUGUAGCUGUCCACCAGUGGCUAGAUAUUCCAGAAAAGUGGAAUAAAAUCAAACUGGUGGUAACGCAAGAAGAUGUAGAACUAGCGUACCAGGAAGCAAUGAUGAACAUGGCACGACUGAACAGAACAGCUGCUGGACUCAUGCACACUUUCAAUGCACAUGCAGCUACAGACAUCACAGGAUUUGGAAUCCUGGGGCAUGCACAAAACCUUGCCAAGCAGCAGCGAAAUGAGGUGUCCUUUGUUAUUCACAACCUUCCCGUUCUUGCGAAGAUGGCUGCUGUCAGUAAGGCUUGUGGCAAUAUGUUUGGCCUCAUGCACGGGACUUGUCCGGAGACUUCAGGUGGGUGA